AUGUAAAGUAGCACAAAUUAUUCUUAAUUUGAAAAAAGGGAGAACUCCGAUUGGCCUAUUUUUUAAACAUCCGAGAAUAUUAACAACCUCCCAUUUUGGGAUAAGAGACCCUAUUUAUUCUUUGAGGGAAAUCAAAUAGUAAUGAAAGGGACAUUGAAGAGAAUUGGCAAGAACAAACAGAUACCAAAAGCCUAUAUGUUUAUACUAUUGAAAACAGGUGAGCUCAUAUAUGUAGACAACAAUUAGAAAGGCAAAAUCUAGCUGGACCUAUCAAUUGUUCUCAAAAAAAUAGAGUUGACAAACGAGGAAAAUGAAGACAAGCAAAAGAUAUCUGCAAUACGAAUAGAAAGAUUUUAGAAUUGCUCAAUUCAUAUUUGGAAUGAAGACAAUUCGUAUUAUUUUUAAUUAAUUUCUAGUUUAGAAUCAGCAUUAAUAUUUGGUAUAACAGAUUAGCUCAGUUUUGCAUUAGUUCAAAUUUUGAAGGCUUCUUUCAAUUACAUGACAAAUUAGACGAGGGAGCAUUCAGUUCUGUAUUCACUGUUACAUCACAAUUUCAAGAAGAACUUAAGAAUUAAAAAUAUGCUGCCAAAGUAUACUCUAAAAGUCUAUAAUAAAAAAUACCUGCUUAACAAAUGAAGGUAAAUAUUUGAAUAAAUUAGGAUUUUAUUUAUGCAGAAUGUUAAAUACUGAAAAUAGUAAAUUCAUAAUACAUUGUUAAACUAUAUGAAAUAAUAUAACUAGAAGAUGUGGUCAUUUUAAUUCUUGAAUAUGUAUCUGGAGGAACCUUAUAUGAAAUCCUUCAAUAAAAAGUGUUAAAUGAAUUGAUGUCCUUAGAAAUACUAUAUUAGAUAAUGUUAGCGGUCAAAGAAGUUCAUCAGUAUUAUAUAUGAAUAUUGUAAUAGUCAUGGCUUUGUGCAUAGAGAUAUUAAAUUAGAGAAUAUCAUGAUUCAAUCUUUGAAUCCUAUUGAAAUUAAACUUAUAGAUUUUGGCUUUGCUGAGAAAAUCAAUCGAAAUAAAUUAGUAAAUGGGUCUGGAACUGCAGGAUAUAUUGCACCUGAACUAUUCUAAUUAGCUCCGUAUACAGAAAACUGUGAUAUGUUUAGCUUAGGAGUGCUUUUCUAUUUACUUCUUUGUGGAAAUUCCCCUUUUGGUACUUAGAAUAAAGAAAGUAAUUGUGAUUAUUUAUAUAAUUAGUACUUUUGGAAUUAAAUAAGACAUGUAAUCUGCAAUAUCUAUCAAAGGAAUGGUAAAAUAUUUCUUCUUCUACUUAAAAAAUUGUCAAAAAGAUGCUAGAUAAAGAUCAUACAAAAAGAAUUACCAUUUUAGAACUAGAACUACUAUUAGAUAUACACAUAAAUAAGUUGCGAUUUAAUUAAGCUAAUUCUCGAUAAGCGCUUAAUCAAUUGUAAAAUUGCAACAAUGUUAUAAUGUAAAAUUAAAGACCUGCAAUAAGGACAGCUUCGAAUAACAAAAAAUGCGAUGAUGACGACAUGUUAAUAGAGGAAAAAAGCAUAGAUAAUACAAACCUAAUCAAUUUAAAAAAUUCCCAUCAAUAUUACAAUAAAUCAAAAUGGGUAUCUUGA